UCGAGCAAACUGGCAACCCGCCAUAAGUCGUGCGUGGGGACGCUGACACGCAUAACAUGUAGAGGACGAAUAGGCAGAGUGCUAGAAGAUGUCCGUGGCUGUGAAAGUGCGGCGCGCGCGGCCGGCGGUGGGGAGGAGAGCGGCCAGAUGCGUGUGGGCGCUUUUUCCUCACGCGGUGCUCAUCCUCUCUCUCAUCGGAUACGCCGUGCUCGGUGCCGUAGUCUUCCAGGAGCUCGAGGGAAGGCCGAGAAACGGCACGAAUGAGUACCGAAAUUUCGUGCGCCAAGUCGUCGCGACCGUGCGCAAUAACACCGAUGAGUCUGAGGAGGUUCUCAUGGGUGCUGUAGAGCAGACGAUCAGAGGGGGAUACCAAUCUGUGUGGUCUCAGAGUCAUGAAAACUGGACCUUUUAUGGCUCUCUCUUCUUCUGCUGCACCGUCUUCACCACUGUGGGUUAUGGAGAGAUCUACCCAGUGACUGGUCCUGGAAGAGCAGCAUGUAUCAUCUAUGCCAUGCUGGGAAUUCCACUCAUGCUUUUAGUCAUUUCAGAUGUUGGUGACUUUCUAGCAAUGCUCGUCUCCAACGCUUACCAAAGGUUACACUCUUCCUGCAAACAUCUUCUCACUCGGGUGAGAAACCUCUGCAGAAGCCAGGAAAGUGUUGCAAUUCAUAAUAGCAUCUACACCUGCAGUCAGGAAAUAGUGGUGAGUAAACCAAUGGACAUUCGUGAAGUGAUGCUCAAACAGUCAACUGUUAAGCAAAAAUCCAGCCAGUUUCUCAAAAAUGUCGCAAUCUUUGAGAAGAUCAUUGAACGGGAGAAAUUUGGUCAGAAUGGACCUCUGGUGCGCACAUGUUCUUGCCACGAGCUCAAUCGGAUGCCACCUGUGCCUUUGGACUUCAAGAUGUGGGAUUUUUCUAUCAUAGGCCAAGAGAUGGAGAGUUUGAAUGUGCCGUUCUUGUUGAUCCUGUUCGUCGUCUUUGCUUAUAUACUGAGCUGGGCGCUGAUCCUGCCACUGUGGGAGACGGACUUAUACUGGUUCGAUGCGUUCUACUUCUGCUUCAUAACGCUUACAACUAUUGGUUUUGGUGACAUUGUGCCCAAGCACCCCAAGUUCUUCAUGCUGACCUUCCUUUUCAUCAUCACAGGCAUGGCCAUUAUGAGCAUGGCCUUUAAGUUGGGUCAGUCACGUAUCAUCAGCUGUUAUCACCGCUGCAUCGGCUGCCUCAGCUGCCUCGGCGUGGGAAAGAAGGGCAAGUACAAGGUUUAGGACAUGGAAAUUGGGCACCAUGUUGAAAAUGUUGAGAAUCCAUGAGUAAAGUAGACAAAUGUUUUUUUUUCUAAAUCUUCUUACUGAUUUUUUGUCAGUGUUUGAGCUUCCACAAGCUGCAAGGAAGGUUAGAUACUGUAGAUGGAUGAAUUAUGAGUAUUUAUGAUGCAUGGGCGUGGGUUAAAGUUCAGCUUUUUACAUUUCUCCCUAAAGAAUACUGGAUAUUGUUGGAGCGCUGCAUUGUGAGACCAACUGGUUUGCAGCCCUGACAACAUUAACGUUAUGGGUGCAAGCUAAUUUUUACCUUUUUCUCUCUUAUAGUUUUUAUGGCGGGGGGCACGGUGGCUUAGUGGUUAGCACGUUCGCCUCACACCUCCAGGGUUGGGGGUUCGAUUCCCGCCUCCGCCUUGUGUGUGUGGAGUUUGCAUGUUCUCCCCGUUUCCUCCGGGUACUCUGGUUUCCUCCCCCGGUCCAAAGACAUGCAUGGUAGGUUGAUUGGCAUCUCUGGAAAAUUGUCCGUAGUGUGUGAUUGCGUGAGUGAAUGAGAGUGUGUGUGCCCCCUGCGAUGGGUUGGCAUUUCGUCCAGGGUGUAUCCUGCCUUGAUGCCCAAUGACGCCUGAGAUAGGCACA